AUGUACCUGAACACUCUGGCCGGGCGUUCCUACAGUGAUCUCAUGCAGUACCCCGUCUUCCCCUGGAUCCUAGCUGACUAUCAUUCCCAGACUUUGGACCUGACCGACCCCAGUGUCUUCCGUGACCUGUCGAAGCCCAUGGGGGCUCAGACAGCCAAGAGAAAAGAGAAGUUUAUCCAGCGUUAUAAAGACGUAGAGAAGACUGAAGGCAGCCUCUCGGCCCAGUGCCACUACUGCACCCACUACUCCUCCGCCAUCAUCGUGGCCUCCUACCUGGUGCGCGUAGAGCCCUUCACCCAGAUCUACUGCUCCUUGCAGGGAGGAGGUUUUGACGUCGCGGACAGGAUGUUCCACAGCCUGGGCAGCACCUGGGACUCCGCUUCGAGGCAGAACAUGACCGACGUGAGAGAACUCACCCCCGAAUUCUUUUACCUGCCGGAAUUCUUGACAAACUGCAACCAGGUUGCAUUCGUCUAA